ACAGUGAUGACAUUCCGUAAAGACUUAAAGGAGCUGUGUGGCGUAAGACAAAGGGCGUUAUGUAAGGUUACGCGUAAUACGCGGCCGCUUUUGCGUACGUGUAGCACGCACGCACGCACUCGUCAUAAAGUUCCCAAAUGCAGCCAAUGAACGAGCAACAAAUGUGCAAACUUUCGAAGCACCAUUGAAGAUGACGGCGAUUGAGAGCUUUAUAGGAAGCUCGCUCGCUCGCUGAGUUUAUUUCGGCUCGUUCUGUUCAGUGGAUUCGCCUGCUCGCACCUCUUCACGCAGCUUCCAGCACCAGCAGGUCCGAACGCUCCCUCCCUUCCUAGUCAUCCGCGAAAGAAGAUGAACUUCUCCAAGCUGCUGUGCUUGGUGCUCGCGUGCAGCGAGCAAUUUGGGCAAGUGCUGGCAGCAGCGCAGACAACAGAAGAUUGCACGGGCGAAGAUAACAAAACUGUGACGUGCAACCGCAAGAAGGGACAAGACGUCACAUUGAAAGUCACAGGCACAGUAACAUCCUGGAAGAAGGGGACUGACGAAGUCAACAAAGAAAGUCCUAAAUACGAAGUAAAUGCAGUUGAAAAGUCUCUGAAGAUCAAGGAGCUGGCAGACGGCGACGAGGGAACCUACACGGCCGACGGCUCCUCACCAGAGCAAAAGUUCCAGGUCCAAGCGGUGGACUGCUUGGGUGACGAAAACACACCCAGCCUGUGCCAGGGCAAGCCGGGUGGCAGCAUCAGAUUGGGGCUCUCAAAGGCAAAUCCUACCCCCCCACUCGGCUGGAAGAAGGAAGGGACGAAAAUUUCGCCCAAUACUGACAAGUACGACAAAGUCGACGCGGCUACCCUGAAGAUCCUGAACCUGGACGACGACGACGAGAAAGAGUUCAUGGGCGGCACCACCGAGGCAGAAGAUGAAAAGUUUUCCGUCCAAGUGGCCGACUGCUUUGGCGCCACGGGAACCGUGAAGUGCCCCGGCAAGCUGGGAACAAAACUCAAAUUGAGAAUCUCAGCCGCAGUUGCUGGUUCUGAAGUCAAAUGGGAGAAAGAGGGCGGCAAUCUCCCCGUAGGCAACCUGAAAGUAGGAGCCAACGACGUAGGUCUGAAACUCGAGGCCCUGACACCAGCCGACGUGGGAACCUACAAGGCCACCUACAACUCCAACAAGGUGGUGGUGUCCUUUGCUGUCAGCGUUCCGGGUGAGUCUGGAACCAGUGAGGAUCAAAAGCCAACUGAGAAGCCCAAGGACGGCAGCGGCGUCGGCGGCCUGUCCUACUCACCUGCUCUGCUGGUGACGGUCACCCUGGUGCAUCUGCUGCUUCAGCUGGCCGCCUAGAAGAUAGCAAGCCGAAGGCGGAGGGGGAAAAAGCCGGACGGCCAGCCAUUGAUUGACCCCUGCAUGCAUUCUGCCAUUGAUUUGCCACUAUAGGCGCAUUUAGUCAUUAAGCUUACAUUUCCCACUGUAGGUGCAUUUAGUUCAGUUUUGCCACUAGGCGUAUUUAGUCGUUGAUUAAGCUUACCUUUGCCACUCACUUUAGGCGCAUUUAAUCAUUAAUUUUCGGCUUAGGUUUGCCACUGUAUGCUCAUUUUGCUUUCGAUUGAUAAUGCU